AUAUCUGCUGAAUUCAUCAACAACCUCCUGGUCUCAAUGAAUCGUAUUCUUCCAAAAAAAACAUUUCAAUUCCUGGGUAAGACGGCAUGCAUCUGAGUAUUCGACCCCUUGCCCCAUCGUGAACCACCAAAAUCAGUGGGGCAUAUGUCGGGGAACAUAUGCCGAGUUUUAUUAAAGAGAAAAAAUAAAGUUACAUAAAGAGGGGGACUAUACCAAAACCUCUUCCAAAAGAAUUACAAGAGUCUUCUAAAAGAAGGUAAAUUGAAAAUAUCUAAAAUAAUAGCAGUCUUUAUUGAGCCAGGUAAUGAGUCCAUAUCGACCAAAUAGUAAACUGGGUUGGCGAUACACCAGCAAGCAGAUGCGCAGGCCCGUUCCCUUCUCGCAUUGUAUGUCGGAAUCCAAUCCCUUUCCUAAAAGAUAACUGUAUUGUAUGUGCUAUAAAAUGUGCAUCUAUCUUUGUAUGCUAUUUGUUAUAUUUUGUCGUGUUUUACUGCAUUGUACACACAAUUUAUAUGCAUAUUUAAACACAUUGAUGUGCACCAUGUAGUUGUACAUUAGCCACUUCUAAUUUUAUUACGUUUAAUUUGUUUGUCCAUACGUUGAUGCUUUCUCAUAAUUGCUUUUAUGAGUAAAUACACAUACAAUAUUUUUGUAUGUGUAAACAUACACAGUCCCACAUCUGAUCUCACCGAUCAUUGACUAAAAAACUUCAUGACCUUUAUUGACUAUGUAAUUAUAACUUAAUUUGCACACUUGCAUAUUUUGAAGUGCACCUUAGGUUUACAUCUGUUGCAUUACUAAUUACUUUUUAAUUCUAUGUGCUACAAAAUGUGUGUUUGCAUAUGUGAUGUGUUAUAUUUUACACGAACAACAGAGUAUCCCAUGUAAAAAUAAUGACUAUUUUGAACUGUUGCGUCUUAUGCAUUUCAUUUAACUUCAAGCAGCAGUCAAAUGAAAAAAAAAUGUAUGUAACCCUCAAACAUUCAUUAAAACAAACUGUAUUCAAUGUCAAGUUUGACACACCAAAAUCAAGCAUAAAUCAAUCUUUAAUUUUAAAAUGCAAAUCUGUCAUUCUAAAACUGUAAUGUUAUAACAAACUGAUAUCAACUGCAAAUAUCACUAUGAAUUCAUUCAUUGCUUGGUGCUCCCUUCUCCUGUUCUGCCACCUUCUGACAUUCUCACCUUUGUUUUUCAUAUUUCUAGAAUCCAUGUACUUCACAAACAUAUUUAUCUGCACAAAUUUUGUUUAGCCUCAUAAAAUUUAACCGUCGUUUAAAUAAUAUUUCGACAGUGCACUUUAUAGUAAGUACUAGUUACAUAAUAGUAUUUAGUACCACGAUUUGAGCCAUUUCCCUGUAUUUAUCAAAAUUAGGUGCUCUUGCCAAUGAGCUAUCAAUGAUAUCCACAUGCUUCAGCUUAGUAUUCACACAAAGUACAUAGCAGUGAUGCACUCGCAUGAUCGGGAAGACAAACUGCACCAAAAUAACCAUUUUCACAAUUCACAAUGUAAUAACAGUGUGCUCUUUUACUGUUUCCAACCCAAACUCAAUUUCUUCCACAAAGAGGGUGUAAGCAUUGUCAGUACUCAAUCCCAGGUGUGUCUGUGUGUCAAGCUACAACACGAUUCCAAAAUAGUUAUACCCAACUGUAAUCUUCAUGCAUUGCGUAUAGAUGAACACAUGGAAAUUCAUCUAAAAAAAUUUCAUAGAAAUUGCAAUUCUAAAAUAAAACAGCAAUUAGUAUUUUUCACAAGUGCGUACUUGCACAGUGCAAGACAUUAGCAAAUAAACAACUGGGAGACUCAUUGCUUCAGACGCUCUCUUUAUUACAAUACUGGAAUUCAUCACUAAAUGCACUUAAUAGCAUCUUUAAAUGCACUUAAAUCAACAUUCAUAUGCAUAUUAACUCCAUCACACAAAAAUCAACAUCCACAUUUAAAUCAACAUUUAUAUGCAUAUACAUAUGCACCUUCAUAUGUACAAACCUCAAUUACAGACACCACUCCUUGUAAUGAAUUGCACCGUACCUUUCUUGGUCUUCAUUCUUAGCCUGCAUUUAUUUCAGCUGCACCUACCAUUCUUAGUCUGCAUUUUGACCAGCAUACACAACAUCCUCAAUCACAAUUCAAUUGUACCUUUAGCUAAUCUAUUUUUCACAAAAAAUUUAACCUAAUCAGGAUCAACACCCUGAUUUUUAUGAGCUAAUUAUGUUAAUCAUAACUAAUAUCUAUUUUAGUCGUUUAAAUAAGUUUCUUCUAUGAAUAAUGUGAUAUAUUAUGUAACCUGUUUUGUUUGUUGGCAGGUAACGUUGACCGGUAAGCUCAUAAUAAUUUGAAUUGAAGAAAUAAAUGAUGUUUUAGAUUUUAUCAUUUCAUAAGUAAAAGGGAGAUUUUUAUUAUUUGUUUCAGAAACAUAUUUUCUUUUAAAGAUUUAUAUAGACCCGAAUUGGAUCAAUUUAUUAGCCCAAUUAAGUAUUUUUUUUAAUAAAAGCCCUAGGAUUAAUGCUAAAGUACACUCAUAAGCCUAAUUAUCGUAAAAAGAAACCUGCGCCUCCCUAACUUGAUUGCGGCUCCUCUCUGGUUUUCUCUCCCAAAAACAUUGCUUCACCUUCAAAUUCAGUACUUUAGUUUUCUUGGUUUUGGAAUUUGGUAAGAUAAUUUCCGUCUUAUUCUCUUUACUUUCGUUAUGCUAUUGGUAUUGUUCAGAUGCAUAAGUUCUGAAAAGAUUUUCGUUAAUUCCCUUAGUCAAAAUAAAGACUUGCAAGGCUCUGUUUUAGUAAAUUGAUUGAGUCAAAAGAUUCAGUUAAAGUUAAAUCAUCUUUUGAAUAUCCACUUGUUAAUAGCUAUUUCAAUUUCUGUAAACAUCAUCAGUAAAAUAUCAAUGCCCAAUCAUAUAUCUUUCGCUGGGGAUUUUCUAGUAAAGCAUGAACGCUAGGAUAUUCAUCAAUACCUAUCUUUAGUUGAGUAUAAAACAACCUUGGACAGCUUGAUUCUUUUUAAUACGAAGUAUUGCUAUUUCAAAAGGCGUUCAGUUUCCUGAAUCUGAACUAUCAAUUUAAUUCUCUUUCAAAUUUCAGUAUUUUACUCACACAUGUACGCCUUGGAUCAGCAGCACUACUUUUAUAAAGAAAGCUUAUUUCGGUUUUAAUUUUCCUUAAGGGGUUAUGUUGAUUUGGGAUUUGGUUGUUGCCCUGGUUGGUGCUUUUCAGCAGAAACUUGAAGUUUAUUUAUAGAGCUUUGGUUUAAACUGUAAUGGAUUUGAUAGUAAUAUUAUUGAUUACCAAUUAGUUUUAUCCAGUUUGUCCAUAUUGAGAGAGAGCAAGUAAAUAAUCUCUCAGAUGAUUAUAUUCCAGUAUGUAGUAGCGCUAAGCCUCCAUAAUGUAGUCAUGCUUAAUUACUAGCAGAUUCUUAUUUUGCUAUUACAUUUAAUUAAAGAUUUAAGAGGAGAGCUUAUCGGAAGACGUUAUCAAGGUGCCACACUUAUUUGAGUAUUUUCAGUUCAGCUGUUAACAGGUAAGUUCACUACCACCUGUACAUGUUUGUUCAACCAAAUGAAACAAAGAAGUCUGGUUGAUUUUUAAUAGAUAAUUUUAGACUAUUUGCUAUUAUGUGAACUAGGUGAAUUCUGUGAUGAGUUAUUUUAUUUGUUGUAUUAAGUUAUGAUUAUUAUCUGGCAUAGUCAAGAGUUUGUUAGUACUUUUAUUUUCAGGUUUGAUGAUGUUUUUUUUAAUCAAACGUCACUAUAAAAGAACUAAUACUUAAAGUGAAAGAUUAAGUGAUAUGUACUCGGGAACAAGUUCCCACAGAGUUAUCAGUUAUCAGUUUCAGAGAGUCCGAUAUGUUUAGUGGGUCGCUCCCCUGAGCUGUCGGAUUGGCGCCUUUGAGUACAUAUCACGGGCCCACAGAGUAAAAUUAGCCACAAAGAGUAUUACAGAAAGUUUAAUGAGAUCUCUUUCAGAAAGUUUUUACAGAAAGUUGUUUUUGAGAUCUCUUUCAGAAAGUUUUUACAGAAAGUUGUUUUUGAGAUCUCUUUCAGAAAGUUGUUUUUGAGAUCUCUUUCAGAAAGUUUUACAGAGAUGUUUUGAGAAGAAAUUUUGAGAUCUCUCCAGCAGUUUUGAGAAAUUAUUUUAGAAAAUAUUUUCUUUUGAGAUCUCCCUCAGAAUGUAAUUGAGAAGUUAUGUGUUAGUUAUUUGUUCAGUGCAUGCUUAUAGCCUAAAUUUAUCUAUUGAUAAAUUGGCAUAGACUUCUAGAUAUUUUUGUGGGUCCAUAGUGACUUACUAAGCGUAAAGCUUAUCAGUUUUCUUUCUUCGCAUGUACAGAUACUAAGGGUAAGGCCAAGGCCUAGGAAGAUGAUGAGGGAGUGGAACGUGUGCCAAGAUGAGUUGACGGGAACGACCUUGGCGGCUUCUAGCUAGAUAUUAUUUAGUUUUCAGUAUUUCAGUGUUAUAAUAAAGUGAUAAAUAUUACUUUAUUUUUAUUUGAGGAUUUGAAGUUCAGUAAAUUCCUGGAUCCAGGUGGUUAUCACAUUUGCUGGUGAUAACUAGAUUUUAUUGAGUUUUAUUUGGAGUUAUAUUUUUAGUUAUAUUUGAGAUUUUAUCAGGGUUAUUCCUUAAACAACGGCCGUUAUAUUGCAA